UCUUCAAGCCCCAAUCAUCACAAAUCCAAAUUAAAAGCAUUUCUUCUCUAAAAUUUCUUCAGAAAAAUGUCAGGCAGAGGUAAGGGAGGCAAAGGAUUGGGCAAAGGAGGAGCCAAGAGGCACAGGAAAGUGUUGAGAGACAAUAUUCAAGGAAUUACAAAGCCAGCUAUUCGAAGACUCGCUCGUAGAGGUGGUGUGAAGCGUAUAUCUGGGUUGAUUUACGAAGAAACUCGUGGGGUUUUGAAGAUCUUUUUGGAAAAUGUGAUUCGUGAUUCCGUUACUUACACAGAGCACGCUAGGAGAAAGACGGUUACUGCUAUGGAUGUUGUUUAUGCACUUAAGAGACAAGGAAGGACCCUUUACGGAUUUGGGGAAUCACAAAGCCCCAAUCAUCAAAAAUCCAAAUCUACAUCUCUUCUCUAUAAUUUCAUCAGAAAAAUGUCAGGCAGAGGUAAGGGAGGCAAAGGAUUGGGCAAAGGAGGAGCCAAGAGGCACAGGAAAGUGUUGAGAGACAACAUUCAAGGAAUUACAAAGCCAGCUAUUCGAAGACUCGCUCGUAGAGGUGGUGUGAAGCGUAUUUCUGGGUUGAUUUACGAAGAGACUCGUGGUGUUCUGAAGAUCUUUUUGGAAAAUGUAAUUCGUGAUUCCGUGACAUACACAGAGCACGCUAGGAGAAAGACGGUUACUGCUAUGGAUGUUGUUUAUGCGCUUAAGAGGCAAGGAAGGACCCUUUACGGAUUUGGGGGUUAGGGUUUGCCUUAGGAUUGUUAAUUUUAUUCUCAUCUUUGAUGGUGUAAUUCUCUGUUAUACUAAUUCAAAGAAUAGAGUUUUUCUUAUUCUCUCCAAUUAUCUAUACUCUUUGCUUAUUUAAUUUCCUCUUGUUAUCAUCUGGGGAUGUUAUUAAAAUUGUUCCUAUCAA